CACGUUGGCCGGGCGGAACUACUUCAAAAUGUAAAAAUGUUCAAGCCGGAGUUGAGAAGGCAAACUUGGCAGCAACUUUGAAGGCUCACUUAAUUAUGCGCAUUGCAUCGCCACCGAUCCUGGUCCACAUCCUCCUCUGUCACCUGCUCCUGAUCUCGCCCAGCCUCUCGGCCAGCUACCAGCGUUCCUCGAACUGCCAGCAGCAGCAGCAGCAGUCCCGAUCCCAAGAUCAGUCCGGGAUGGAUAGCUCCAUGAGCAUGCGGCACGGCAACUCCAAGCAGACCGCCUCGAACAUCGCCCUGAAGGCGGCCCAGGAGGCCAAGAAGGCGUCGGACACCCAGGCACCCGCCGCCCUGGCCGCCGCCCGCCAGGUGAAGCACCAGCUGGCCGACAAGGCCGUCGCCGCCGCCAAGGCCGCGGAGGCAGCCCUUGCUGGCAAGCAGCAGAUCCUCGAGCAGCUGCAGGAUGAGGUGCACGAGGCGGAGAUCAUCGUCCAGGAGGAGAGCUACUCCCUGGUGGGAUCUCAGACCAAUCUCAAUGCCGCUGUUGCCACUGCAAAGCAGACGCAAACGCUGUUGCAAUCGCUGCGAGGCUCGGUGAAAAUCGCCGAGGAUGCACUGAGCAAUGCCGAGGCAGCUGCAUCCGGUGCCCAGCAGGAGUUGUGCGAAAAAACGCAGCUGGUGGACACCGCUCGCCAAAGGGCCGAGAUGCUAAUGCAGCAGUUGCGUUCCGCCAAACUGGACUACACCAAUACGAAGAAGGCCGCUUACAGGGCCGCCUGUGCCGCCUCCGAGGCCCGGCACAAGGCUGUACGAGAUCGGAGAUCCCCAGGGGAGGAAAUGGAAAUCGAAGGAACUUCCGGGCAGCAGCAGCAAAUGCUGCAGAGCCAGGAACAGGAGCAGAAUCUAGAGAAGGGGCAAGCGGUCAAGGGUCAGGCUGAAGAAUGGGAGUACAACGAGCAGGGCAAAGCUAUAUUUUCUAAUUGA